AUGGCCGCGGCCCUCCGCCUCCUGCUCCGCCAGCCCGCGGCAGCGCGGACCUCUCCGAUGAUGCGCUCUCUGCUCCCCGCGCCGUACUCCAAGGCCGCCGCGGCGGCCGCCGCCAGCCUCCCCGAAGCGCCCGGUGCGCCCCUGCCGCCUCCCCGUUUGAGGGAGGUUACUCCAAGGAAGGCUCCUCCAACUCCAAAGGGUGAACCGCACUGCUGCAAAACUGUUCCAAGUACCAUGAAUGACAGUACAAAGUCGUUGCUGGAUAAACUGAAGGAUCUCAUAGAUCGUAAGAAGUCAUUGCAAGCCAUGAGAAAGAAUAUUGAUGAGCAUAUGGAGAAGUUACGGAAAGUGAACCAUGAUGGUAUAGUUGCUCGUAGUUUGCUUAGCAAACGGCUUGAUGACAACAGGGAACUUAUUGCCAAACUAAAAAAAUAUGCGAGAUGAUUGUGAGAAAACACGUAAUAUGCAAGAUUUUAUUGCCAAACUACUUGACAUGAAAGAAGAUUUGACCAAAGCAGAAAAUAUGGCAGUUGGUAUUAACAAAGAUUGUGCCAUUCUGGAGGCUAACACUCGUUUGGGUGGUGAACAAGUUGAAAUGCUACGUAAGGAAGUUGAGGACUAUGAAAUUGCUUUCAGGCAGUAUCUUGAAUUGGGAAGAUCCACCAUGGAGCAGGUGGAGGAGGUAAAGAAGGUUGCAAAAGUGGGUGCCGCUGUUUGCCUUGUGGGAGGGCUUCUGCUGAUACUGGCAAAGAUCUAGAUUCGAGGAGCUGACAGAUGACUAGGCCAAGCGGGUAUUUGAAGUGGCAGAAUAGUAGUAACAUUCAACUGUUUUCCGCUGUAAUAGUGUGUUCGUGGGAAGGCUUCUGCUGAUGCUAGCAAAGAUCUCGACUAGAGGACCGUGGAGUUUGCCGCUGCUUUUUUUCCCGUAGAACUGAGUAGCCAGAUGACUAUGCUUGAGCUGUUAUUUAGUGUAGUGAAGUUGUAUUUUGACUGUUUUCAUAGUCUU